CCAGCAGCUCACUCAUCCAAAGCCUCCUCACAUCAUCAACCAUGCAGUUCUCCAUGAAGACCGCUUUCUUUGCCCUCGCCGUCUUCUUGCCCAUCGCUUCGGCUGCCUCCACCAAGCGUGACGACACCACCACCCACCUCGUCAACACCUUGCAGUCAUUGAACAUCAUCGACUCCGCCGACGUCGCCUUGGGAGAGUGCAAGCCUCUUCUCCAGUCCUGCGCCGUUGACAGCGAGUGCUGCGGUGAUCUCUGCCUCCUCGGGCUUUGCCUCCUCUAAAUUCAAAGCAAAGAACUUGGGUAUUAUGUCCUGCGGUUGAUUUUGUUUGUCGAGCUCCAGAAAAUGCGGAAAACCCCAGACAGGAUUCUUUGACUGCGGGGCCGAAAUUGUUAUACGUUCUGUAUUUUGGGAUUUUACGAAAUUUAACGUUGUUGCGUGUAUACUUCGAGAAUCGUUCGCUUCGGUGAAGACUGAGCUUUCUGCG